AGAGAAUCGCGCCAGUACACAGUGACGAGAGCCUGCAUUCGAUAACCUCUGACUGUUUAUCAGACACUCGAUAAAAUCAAGUAUAUCCUUAAUAUAUCUUAGCAAUAACUACUAUGAAAUGGAGCCGCGGGGAGUGCCAUUAAGUGUCGCCUCAGCCAGGAGAAGCAUCUUCAGGAGACGCCUCACACAGCAACUGAUCAGCGCCGUCAGGAGGGGAGACGCGCGCACCACCGAGAGUCUGCUGUUCGCCGAAGGCCUGAGUCCCGACACCGAGCUCCCCGCAGAUGACCCCGACAGCCCCUACGGGUCGCUCUUGACCUUAGUGCUCGUGCGAGGUCAUUACUGCCUGGUGCCCAUCCUGCUGCGAGCAGGUGCCACCAACGCAGCCGGAGGGAGGCAGUUCACGGCGAUGCACUGGGCGGCCAAGAAGGGGGCGAUGGAAGAGCUCUUGCAGCUCAUAAAAGCCUUCGGUAUCAGCGACCACGAAGGGCGCAGCACCACACCCUUGCACCUUGCAGCCCAGGAAGGCCACGCAGAUAUAGUCGAGGCUCUCAUCACCUACGGCGCCAACAUAGACGCCAGAGACACGAACGGCCGCACGCCCCUCUUCAUGGCCGCCCUCAACGGUCACCUGGGCGUGGCAGAGGCGCUCAUCCGCCACGGCGCCAAACUCACGGUCCUGACCUUCCAGAGUCGGACGGCGCUUCAUCAGGCUGCUCAGUCCGGCAGUCUGAGCGUGGCGCAGAUGCUGGUGCGCGCCGGGCUGCCGGUUACCUGCCAGGAUGGACGGGGUCUCACGCCCCUCGACCUGGCUAUGAUGAACGGGCGGUCGGAGGUGGCGGACUGGCUCAAAAAACAGACCUCGGGCGAAACGACGGGGCUCAGCCACGCGACCACGUGCAUGGCCCACUACAACAAGUGCGGCGCGCUGGUCAUGAGCUGGGUAGAGGACGGCAAGGUGGACCUCCUGCUCAGCAAUCUCGAGAAGGACCUGCUCAGCGAAUAUUUCCGCGACCACGACGGCCGGACGCCCCUACACGUGGCUGCCGAAUAUGACAACGAGGAAGCCGUGAGGGUCCUCCUCUCCUGCGGGAUGUUUCCGGGCGUCCUGGACUACGAGGGCAAGAUGCCGCACGACUUGGCUCGAUCGGACAGAGUCCGCGGCCUCCUGACCUCGGCCUUGAACUCUGAGGACUGCCGCGUCUCAACCUACGAAGAGAAAUGCCAGCUCUACGAAAAGCUCAUGAACCACAUCUCCACCAGCAGCGACUCCAAGGAAGUAACCAAGAUGCUGCUCCGCGGGGCGCCCACAGAGCCCGUGGGUGAGAUCCCCAACCACGCCCUCCACCUGGCCAUCUCCCUCGACAGGACGAACAUCGUCAGCCUCCUCCUGGCUGCGGGAGUAAGCCUCACUGCUCCUUGCGAGGACACGUCGCCCUGGCAGGCCGCCUGGAGGAGCAGCGACGCCAUGGUCCUCCUCAAGGUUGUGGUUACAAGGGCCUACCAGACCCAGCUGAGGUUCGAGCAACGCCUCCUCCAGAACUCCCCGGAACCUGACGAAGGCGUCGGUCCUCUCUGCCAGGGCAUCGACCACAUACUGAACACCCUUAACUUGCACAAGCCGUGGCAAACCAGUUGGAAAGUCUUCCACGGCCCCUCGACCCCUUCCCUGGCUGACCUCAUGACCUCCGCUGCGAGGCAUAACUGUGUCCUGACGAUGACCUUCCUGCAGACUGAGGGGGCGCUGGGCUUCCAGUGCGACAGCCGAGGACUGACGCCGUUACACGUUGCACUGCAGGCGGGACACUUGAAGUUGGCCACCACGCUGGUGAAGUACCUCGGGGGCUCUCCUUACGUGCGAGACCUGGAGGACAUGAAAGAGGUGAUGCAGCCGCACGUGAUGGAGGAGCUCGAAAAGGAUCUGUUUUACCAGGAGGUCCGCAAACUACAGGCUUGUCACGAAAAGAUGAAAGACGAUAGAGAAAAGGCUCAGGUACAGGAAACCCUGAGAAUCCAGUCUCGCUUGUACAACGCUUACGCCCAAGGUGCCCGCUCUCUUGACCUCGGCUCGUGGGGUCCUGGCGCACUCCUUUUAGCGUCUCAGCGAGGGUUGCCUCAGCUCUCCUUCUUACUCCUCACCGUGGGCAAGAUCCACUGCGACACGGUUGUGGAUGCCCCCACCUCAUCCACCGCCAUCCACCAGGCAGCUGCUCACGGGAAUACCAAUAUCGUGGCCCUGUUGCUGAGUCGCGGUGCCAACCCUCGCCUCGCCGAUCGCUAUGGCCACACGGCCCUUCACCUCGCGGCCAUGUUCGGCCACGUCGUCACCUUCCAGUACAUGGUGUCCGUUUCCUAUCACGAGGAGCGGUGCAGGGCCGGAACCACGCCAAGCCAGAUUUGCGAAAAUUUUAAGCGUUAUCUACAACUGCACAAAAAAAGCAAUAUCCCCGACAAUUCUCAAGAUGAUAAAUGGGAAAGUAAUGAUCCGAGUCAUGCUAUGCGAAAUAUUCUGAAAAAUAUCAGGAUUUCCGAAGUAGUCGACGAAAUGAACGAAAUUUCGGUCGAUUUCGACAACGGGGAAGCGAAGGAGAUCCGAGAUGCUGUAGUACAAGAGUGUGAAAUGAUAGCGGACAAGAUUCGCGGCCAAAAUAGCUUGUUCGCGGGAGAAAUUCGGUUGGUCGGCAGUUCGGCCGACGGAACCCGACUCUACGCUCCCGACGAGUUCGAUAUUAGUCUUGUGCUCAACAGUGCCUCGGACUUUCAUCUCCGCGUGUCUGAACUUAGCGCUGCUGAGAUGCCCCAAGCAGACCACAGGCUGAAGCUGAAUGUGCAGACGCCCCACGACAGCUUCCAAGGCUGUAAAAUGAUCGAUAUCUUUCACGAACUGAUAGAAGAAUACCUGUCUAAAAAUAGUAUCUACGACGAGAGGCUGAGUCUCGUGCCCCCCGGCCUGAGGAGGACGCAGGUGGGCUCGACGAUGGCCCUCGCGUGGCAGGGGACGUGCUACCCGCUCCUGCUGGUGAACGUGGACUUCGUGCCCGUCGUGUCCGCCCCCUGGCACCCGCGCAUCAGGAGGCCCUUCCUUACGCCCGACGACCUCCGUGUGGUCUACCUCAGCAACACCUCCGACGGGGAGUGGAGGCUGAGCUUCAGCGAGGCCGAGGUCGCGGUGCUCAGCGACCUGGAGGAGGAGGAGCGUCUCGUGUACCUCGCGUGCAAGACCCUCCUGUCCCGCAUGAAGGCCGAGCCGUGGAUGCCCCACCACGUCAAGAGGCGCUACACCUGGUGGGACUUCAGGACGUGGCAUAUCCCGCUCGCCACGGGAUUCGCCUUCAAGAACUCCUUCCUGAGGCAGCUGGAAACCAAGAGGAAGGACGAAGCGCGCUGGACGCCGACGGAACUCGUUCGCUGGAUGCUGGGCGUCUUCGAAGGCAUGUGCUCCGCCGGGAGGGAAGAGGCCGACGUCCCCGCCAAGGUGAGGGCCUACUUCGGAGGGGACUUCGAGAAACCGAAGAGAGGCGAGGGCGCCCCGGAAAUCGUCCGCUUCCUUCGGGGCUGCGCCAGUGGUGGCUCUGCCGUCUCGGAAAGCCCGUCUUAGUGAUUCGUCUCACAUCGUUUGAGAAACAGCUAUAAAAAUAAAUAUAUAUUGUAAGAAUUGUAAAAGUACCCUACGA